AUGACACAAGCACAAGCUCUCUUCUCCCCCUUCUCCCUUCAAUUUCCUGUGCCCAAUCCCAACCUCGAUCCUCAACGACGCCGUUUCUUUUCUCAUCCAGUUUCACCCCUGACUCAAACUACCUCCAUCGCCUCUUCAGAUGGCACCGUUUCGUCCAAUGCAGCUACGUCCACUCAGCCUCUCUCCCAGCUGAUUGAAACGCUGAUUUCCGGGGUCAAUUUAUCGGAAGAUGAAGCCGAAGCGUGUCUGGAGUCGCUGCUUCAUGAGCCCAAUGAGGCCUUAAUCAGCGCGUUUCUCGUACUUCUCAGAGCCAAAGGAGAGACUUAUGAAGAAGUUGUGGGGUUGGCAAGGGCAAUGUUGAGACACGCGACGAAGGUUGAGGGUUUGAACGAUGUUGUGGACAUCGUGGGAACUGGGGGGGACGGUGCCAACACCGUUAACAUUUCAACGGGGGCUUCCAUUCUCGCGGCCGCUUGCGGGGCCAGAGUUGCGAAGCAAGGGAACCGUUCCAGUUCUUCUGCGUGUGGAAGUGCGGACGUGUUAGAAGCUCUGGGAGUGGUGAUUGACUUAGGUCCUGAGGGAGUAAAGAAGUGUGUGAAUGAAGCUGGGAUUGGGUUUAUGAUGUCUCCAAAAUAUCACCCUUCGAUGAGUAUUGUCCGGCCAGUAAGAAAGAAGCUAAAGAUCAAAACUAUAUUCAAUAUAUUGGGUCCAAUGUUAAAUCCAGCACAGGCACCUUUUGCAGUUGUUGGAGUAUACACGGAGGACUUGGUCUCCAAAAUGGCUAAAGCACUCAAUAGAUUUGGCAUGAAAAGAGCUUUAGUUGUCCAUUCUGAAGGUUUGGAUGAGAUGAGUCCCCUUGGACCUGGUUUAGUCCUUGAUGUUACUGCUGACAGGGUUGAUAAGUUCUCAUUUGAUCCCUUGGACUUUGACAUUCCUCGUUGUACUAUUGAGGACUUAAGAGGUGGGGGUCCAGUGUACAAUGCAGAGGUUCUGAAGAGUGUUCUAGGUGGAGAGAGAGGGCCUAUUGCAGAUGCUUUAAUUCUCAAUGCAGCAGCGGCUCUAUUGGUUAGUGGUCGUGUAAGGAACCUAGCAGAAGGGGUGGCUGUGGCGCGUGAAACACAACAAUCAGGGAAGGCUCUGAAAACUCUCAACUUGUUCAAGGAUAUCUCAAAUAAAUUUAAAGUUGACGUGGGCGUGGAUGCCUGA